UGAUGCUUUGACGUCAGAGCGCAAGUGGGGUUACCGAGUGGAGGGGCAUUACCUCAACGACAGUUUCGGCUAUCAUCAUAAAAUCUACCAACUUCUCACAGAUUCAUACUGCACAAAAAGCUCAAUGAACUUUGCAAGAGCCGCUCAGCGCAUCAAUUCCAUACAAAACUUUCUGACUAGACAAACUGUUCCCCGUGUUCCUGUACCUGCUGUUGUUGCUGGACAAUCCGGAUUAGUCGCCAUGGCUUCAACUACAGAUACCAAGAACUACAAGUUCAACCACUCAAUGAUCCGAGUCAAGGACCCCAAGGCUUCCGCUAAAUUCUACGAAUUUCUUGGCAUGAGUCUUGUGAAGAAGCUCGAAUUCCCUGAUAGUAAAUUCGACCUCUACUUCUUUGGCUAUGACUCUCCUAAUGCUCUGUCGCACAACAAGAGCACUUUUGACAGGCAAGGACUUAUCGAGUUAACCCAUAACUAUGGCACUGAGGAUGAUCCUGAGUAUAAGGUGAAUAACGGCAACCAGGAGCCUAACCGUGGAUUUGGCCACACCUGCAUUGCCGUCGACAACAUCCAGGCCGCCUGCAAGCGUAUUGAGGAUGCUGGCUAUAAGUUCCAGAAAAAGCUGACGGAUGGCCGCAUGCGAAACAUCGCCUUUGUACUUGACCCUGAUGGCUACUGGGUCGAGGUCGUUGCCCGAAACGAUUACAAGCAGACAGAAGAUGUUAAGGAGACCGAUGUGUCAACUUACACUAUGAACCACACUAUGCUUCGUGUCAAGGAUGCUGAGAAGUCCCUGAAGUACUACCAGGAAGUUCUCGGCAUGUCUCGACUACGAACCCUCGAGAACCCCGAGGCCGGCUUCAACCUCUACUUCCUCGGCUACCCUGGUGACCAGCCUUUCCCUGAAGGUCAGGAUGAGAGCACUAUCACCCACAGGGAGGGUCUUCUCGAGUUGACAUGGAACUAUGGCACCGAGAAGGACGAGAACUUCCACUAUCAUGAUGGUAACAGCCAACCUCAGGGAUUUGGCCACAUCUGCGUUUCGGUCGACAACAUUGACGCUGCUUGCAAGCGAUUCGAGGAUAUGAACGUGAGCUGGAAGAAGAGACUUACUGACGGCCGAAUGAAGAACGUUGCCUUCUUGCUGGAUCCUGACGGCUACUGGAUUGAGCUUGUGCAGAACGAGAGGUUCUCUGGUAAGGAGAACUUCUAGAUGGCCGUGCUUUUAUUUCAUAAGAACGGAGUGUUGUAUCUCAAGAUUGAAAAAUCAAAUUUAUAAACGAUAUCAUGAAUUAAGGCACCAAGUCCUAAGUAUUACCUAGUAUUUAGCCGUACCAAAAUAAAAAUCCGAAGUAAAUCCGUACAAUUGCAGAAUGCAACAU